AUGUUCAGGAAAACUCUAACCUCAAUCCAACGAAGACACUUCUCUUCGUAUUCUUCUUCUCCUGAAACUCCUUCCCUUUACUCUUUCCUCAAACCUUCCCUCUUCUCCAACAAACCAAUCACUCUCACGCCCUCACUCUCACCUCCACAAACCCCUAAAACCCUAACCCAAGACCAAAAAUCCUCAAUCGAAUCAACCCUCCACGAUUCCCUAACUUCCCACAACACAGAUGAAGCAUGGAAGGCCUUCCGAUCUCUCACCGCCGCCUCUUCCCUCCCGGAGAAACCUCUCGUCAACACCCUCAUCGCCCAAUUGUCCGAUCCCGGCGAAACCGGCGAAACCACCUCGCACAGACUCAAGCGAGCGUUUGCCUCCGCCGCUUACGUAAUCGAGAAAGAUCCGAUUUUGCUCGAGUUCGAGACCGUUCGCACGCUUAUGGAAUCGAUGAAAUCGGCGAAAGCUGCUUCGCCGGCGUUGGCUUUGGUGAAGUGUAUGUUCAAAAACAGGUACUUUGCUCCGUUCGAUCUCUGGGGGCAUUUGAUGAUCGAUAUCUGCCGCGAAAACGGAACCUUGGCUGCGUUUCUUAAGGUGUUUAGAGAAAGCUGCAGAAUUGCGGUCGAUGAGAAGCUUGAUUUCAUGAAACCUGAUUUGAUUGCGUGUAACGCGGCUCUCGAAGCUUGUUGCCGGCAGAUGGAAUCGUUGGCGGAUGCUGAGAAUGUGAUUGAAUCUAUGGCGGUUUUGGGUGUGAAGCCUGACGAGUCUAGCUUUGGGUUUCUUGCUUAUUUGUAUGCAAGGAAAGGGCUUAGAGAGAAGAUAAGCGAGCUUGAGAAUCUGAUGGAUGGUUUUGGUUUUGCAAGUAAAAGAAUGAUCCUUUAUUCGAAUAUGAUCAGUGGUUAUGUUAAGAAUAGUGAUUUAGAUAGUGUUUGUGAUGUUAUACUGCAAAGUCUUGGAAAAGACUCGAUCUUUAGUGAGGAGACUUAUUGUGAAGUGGUGAAAGGGUUUAUAGAGAGUAAAUGCGUUAAGAGCUUAGCGAAACUGAUAAUCGAAGCUCAAAAGUUUGAGUCUUUAGCCAUUGGUGUUGAGAGAUCAGUUGGGUUUGGGAUUAUCAAUGCUUGUGUGAGUCUUGGAUUCUCUGAUAAAGCGCAUAGUGUUCUUGACGAAAUGAUUGCUCUAGGAGAAGGAUCUGUAGGGCUUGGUGUGUAUUUGCCAAUCUUGAAAGCGUAUAGCAAAGAGUAUAAGACAGCUGAAGCUACUCAGCUGGUUACAGAGAUUAGCAGCUCAGGGCUUCAGUUAGAGGUUGAGAUCUAUAACGCGUUGAUCGAAGCUUCCAUGACGAACCAGGACUUCAUAUCUGCGUUCACGUUGUUUAGGGAUAUGAGAGAGACGAGAGUGGCGGAUUUGAAGGGGAGCUACUUGACGAUAAUGACAGGUCUUCUUGAGAAUCAGAGACCAGAGUUGAUGGCAGCGUUUCUUGACGAAGUUGUGGAAGAUCCUCGUGUUGAAGUGAAUUCACAUGAUUGGAACUCGAUUAUCCAUGCGUUUUGUAAGUCAGGGCGGCUUGAAGAUGCGAGGAGGACGUUCAGGAGGAUGGUUUUCUUGCGGUAUGAGCCGAAUAACCAGACGUACUUAUCGUUGAUUAACGGUUAUGUGAGUGGUGAGAAGUACUUCAAUGUGCUGCUCUUGUGGAAUGAGAUCAAAGGGAAGGUAUCUUCGGUGGAGGCAGAGAAGAGGUCGAGAUUGGAUAAUGCUUUGGUUGAUGCGUUCUUGUAUGCGUUGGUGAAAGGAGGGUUUUUCGAUGCGGCGAUGCAAGUUGUGGAGAAGUCUCAGGAGAUGAAGAUAUUUGUGGAUAAGUGGAGGUAUAAGCAAGCCUUCAUGGAGACUCAUAAGAAGCUUAGGUUGCCGAAGUUGAGGAAGAGGAACUACAAGAAAAUGGAGUCUCUUGUUGCUUUCAAGAACUGGGCUGGUCUCAGCACAUGA